AUGUAUAUCACUGGCGUCCACUUCAUGGGAGCUCUGCUGUCGCUGUGGAGCAUUCUCAGACCCAUCCUGGCUGAGCUCCCUCUGCUCUUUCCCGCAUCAUCUGUUUACCAGAUCACGUCAUCGCUGUCGGUACCUGUGGUCAUUCCGGAUCGCAAACUCUUCUGGGAUUGGGGUCUCCAGAUGAACUACGCCCUGCCGGCUGAACCAUCCUCCUUCUACGCAGCCACCAUUUGGCCAGAUGAGUUUUCUCGGCGCAGAAAGCGUCAAUUGUGGAAUGAGACCGCAAAGUAUCUGCCAGAAGGUGUGUCCACAAUGCAUCCGAGUGACUUUACAGCCGGAGAGCUGUACGAGAGCCUGGAGAAUAUGCUCAUCCAGUAUGGCUUCGAUGAGUCCUGCCUGCUGCGCAGUGUUUGUGAAUUGGCGCGACAUCCUUUCAAGGAUGUGGAAAACAAUAUGCUCACCGCCCUGCUGACUUUUACCCUGACACCCUCUUUGCAUGAGGCUUUCGCACCUGGGGAAAACGUUUACCGGGAAGUUUACGAACAUGCCGAACAACAAGGAUUCCUUGGAAUGGAUUGUGGCCAUCUGUAUUCCAACUGCCCCGUGGACUUUCUCAGUGGCAUCAGCAGCCUGUUAAGCUAG